AUGGGUUGGCCAACCAUGAUAGUCACUGCUGUGAUUGUAUAUUAUGUUGUUUUCAAAUAUCUUAGACAAUUGCUCAAGUAUAGAUAUUAUUAAAGCUAGGGUGUUACUACUACCUAUUUCCCAAUGCCUAUAGUUGGAUCAUUAUUGAAAUUCAGAGAUUUAGUUUAAGAUCCCAAAUUCAAGAAGCUCCACUUCAAGUAAUAAAAUGGAGUGAUAUACAUAAAUGAUCCUGAAUUAAGCUAUCAGAUACUCGUAGAAAAGGGGUAGUUUAUAGAUAGAGAAUAGAAGUAGAGAAGCUAGUUUGAGCAAUUGUUAGGGUAAUCACUGUUGUAAUUGAAAAUAGGUACAAAAUACUAUGAUAGAAAAAGAAUGAUUGUCGAAGCGAUUCAUUCGACCACUAAAUAAGAGCUAUUUUAGACAAUAAUUAGAUAAAUUCACUCUAGAGUAUAAAUUUGGAAGCAGUUUUAUGUAGAACCAAAAAAGGAUAUGGAAUUGAAUAAGUAGAUCAUUGAUUUAGUAUCUCAGAUAAUUUAAAUGACAGUAUUUGGAACGCCGAAUCUAUAGAAAAAACUACCCUUUAAAUCACCUGGCAAAGUUCAUGAGCUUAAAAUAGCUUAGUACAUGAGAAUAAUAAGUAAAUUACUUUAUAAGAGGAGUAUAAGAUUUUCAAGAAUGAUUUCUAAUACAUUUGAUUAAACCUUCUUCAAAGAUGAGAGAGGGCUUAAGAGAAAUAUUACUAACUUUAGGAAUAGGGUAAUAGAAAUGGUUAAAGAAAGAAAAAUACUAAUUAAAAAUACAACUAAAGACUAAAAUUAGAAGGAGAGCAAAAGUUCUAAUUCUAAGGAUAUUGAUUUUAUGAGCUAACUGAUAAUGAUAAAAGAACCAGAUGAAUUAAAAACAGAAUAAAUUGCAGAUGAAUGCAUCGCAUUUAUGCAUUAAAGCUAAGCUAAUCUUUGCUAAUUUAUUCAGGACCUUUUUGAAUAAAUAAUCACUAAUGACUCAGUAUACUGCAAAUUAAAAUCAGAGCUAGAUAAGGUCUUUUAGCUUAAUUUUCUAAGAGAUUUGAAUGCCAAAUAAAUGGAUAAACUUAUCACUAUCAAAACACUUGGAGGGUUAAGUUAUCUUGAUAAUGUGGUAAAUGAAACUCUUAGAAUGUUUCCACCACAACCUUUUACAAGUACAUUUAGCUUUGUAAAGGAUAUCAAGAUCAAUGAUAAGUUAUGCAUCAAGAAAGGGCAAGGUAUGCAAGUGAACAUCAAAUAUUUACAUAAUGAGCAAGCAUAUUGGAAAGACCCCCUAUUCUUUAAUCCAGAUAGGUUUAACAAAGAUAGCCCAUAAUUGACAUUAAUUUAGAAUCAAUAGUAAAAUAAAUCUAUUAGCUUUUGCCCUUUUUCGUUUGGAUAGAGAUCCUGUCUCGGUCAAAGAUAUACUAUUAAUAUUGCAAAGGCAUUAGUUGUAGUGAUUUUUAGCUUAUUAGAAUUUAAACUACUCGGAAGAAAGAUCCUUCCUUAUGAUGAAAAUGAGAGAGAUGAAGUUAAAGAUUAUAUUGAAAAAUAAAUGAUUGUUGCAGUGUAUAAUAUGUGA